AUCUGGUCACACUGAAUCAUGGCUUUGGGUCCGUAAAUAAAUUAAGAUUAGCCAGUUUUUAAAUAAAAUGUUGCUUAAUAAAAAAACACUCAUGUACAAACAGCUAGUGGAAAAGCUGUACGACAAAUGCCAGAGAAUCCAGGCGGAAAAUGAGCGUUGUGUAAUGAGGGUAAACGGAAUCAAAAAGAUAGUUAGACGGCGCAAUCACGAUGUAGAGCUGCUCAAAAGGCGACUGGACAAACACGGAGACAAUUGGCGCUCAGUUCCAAUGGUGGCACCUCACCCCAAAGGAAAAACGGAGCAGAAACGCCGGGGUCCCAAGCCCAAAAACAAACAGGACACGGACGGAACGGGAGUCCCCGGAUCAGCACCUGGGUCCAAUCCUCCCACGGCUCGUAAACCCCGAAAGCAACGCGCCAAGCAGCCACCGACCAAUCUCAAUCCAAUCAUCCCGCCUCCACAUGCACAACCUCAACUGGGGACCUGAAAUCUAGCGAUUCUCUAUUUUUCUAUUUUUAAGAGUCAAGGCACAUACAUUUACUAUUUUACUAAGAAAAAUAAAAACAAAAAACUUGAAACAUA